AUGAAUGAAGAUCAAAGGGGAAACAUUGCAAAUUUUAAUAAUGAUUUGCAACAAUAUACUAGCAAAUCAGAAUCAGCAUUCAGUAAAUCUUUUGGAAAAGUUGAAAACACACAAAUUCUUAUUUCAAAACAAACCAACAAAGGCUCAUUCUAUCUUUCAGAUACUCUUUCUGAAAUGCUUGAUAUUUCUUCUGAUACAAAAUCCAAAUCAUUUACAUCUACCAUCCAAAUAUAUGCUGGUGGUGAAUGUCUCAAGAAAACCAUCACACACUAUACCUGGUGGACAACUGCAAUAACCAUUUGUUAUCUAAGAUUACAUGCUUCUUUUCAUAAAACAAUUUGGGAAGUUCGUUAUGGAAAAGCUAGAAAAUACUUGGGAUCAAAAAUGAAGAAUUAG